CCCACCCCCAACAUCCGCCGCCUUCCUCAGCUGCUCCCCCACAGGGUGCCCCCUGUGCCACCGCCUCCGUCUUGCCCCCGCUCAAGCCCCUUCUCACACCCCUCCCCUGAAGGCACCAUCUCCCCCGGGCACCCCCUGCACCCCUCAGCAUGGCUGCCCGCUGUUCCUCCCCCAAAACUCCCAUCGCGAUUCCCCCGCAUCCCUCCCACAUCCCUUCCCCAUCCCCCCCGGCACCCCCAUCCCCGCACCCCCAUCCCCGCAGCAUCCCCUCUGCAGGGCGCAGGGGGGGCGAGGGGCCUGCCUUGGGACGGGGGGAUGGAAGGGAGGGGGGCUGGGAGGGCGUGCAUGGAGCCUUCCCUCGCCGUGGAGGAGGCAGGGCUGCAUCCCUCGCCUUCCUUCCUUUGGGGCUCAUUGUUCGCCCAACAAAGCCUCCCCCAGUGUCCCCCUCGCCCGAGCGCGGCCGAGCCCUUUGCCCAGCGGAGCAGGGAGGCUGCGGGUCCCCUCGGGGGGCUCUGGUUGUGCCCAAGGUGGGGCUGGAGUUCCCGCGGGUGGGGGGCUGGGUAGCAGCGUUACAUAAAGGGCUUUGCCGAAACUCCCGCAUCCUGCAUCCCCCCGCACAAAGGCCGCCGUGCCCACCCCUCCGCUCCCCGCCGGGGCCGCGGUGCCACCCGCCUGGGGUGCCACCCGCCUCGGGGACCCGCUCGCAUUCUGGGCUCCCCGGGCACGGGGCUGCCCGCCAGUGCCCACCGGGCAUCGCAGCCCGCGGCCGGGGCUCCGUGCCGGAGGUACCCCGGGGGUCCCGGUGUGUGCCCUGGCCCGGGGGUCCCGGUGUGUGCCCUGGCCCGGGGGUCCCCGCUCUGCCGUGCCCGGGGUCCCGGUGUGUGCCCCGGUGCCCCGGGGCUCAUCGCCGGCGUGCCGGGUCAGGCCGGCGCACGCCGGGUGUGGGAUGGGUGCGAGCAUGCAGCAAAGCCCGCAGGAGCAGAGGGGGAAAUUUUUUUUUUGUGUGUGUAUAUGUUGUAUUUCAAGGUUGCUGCCUAACCCUGAUCCGUGCCUGGGCAGCUCCGUGCGGGAGCUCCGCGCGUUGCUCCCGUCCGAGGGCAAAUCCUGCAAAGCAACGCGUGAAAAAUUAAUAAUAAAAUCUGC